CCUUUUUUCUUUUUUUUGUAUUUUUGAUAUAGUUGGUGCAUAAUGGAUUUUCUGCAAUGCAUGUAUUAAAUUGGCCUUUAUUUAUUUAUUUUGUUUUUACACGACCUAGGAUAGCGACCCAGUGGAAGCUUAGCCAAUUAAAACAGCAUUACUACAGGCUGAGAAGAAGUGUUUUUGCCAAAAAAAACCCUCAAAUUCUGUACAAAAGAAUUACAUUUUGUCAAUGAAAUAAAUGACAAAUGUUUUCAGCAUGAAUUGGACCAACACCGAGUGAGGUGAGAUCAUGAGUGAAAGGAAUGCCGAGACCAUGACAGGGAUUUGGAGAGAUUAGUUGGCUUAGUGAGCUCAGCAUAGAGACAGAACAAAAAGUGCAGAACAGCACAGAAUGCGAUGAAAACACAAUAGAACUGCAAAAAAGAGUAUCUAGAUGAGUUUGCUGAGCUUCCUGUGACACAGGGAUGAAGUCUGAAAAAGCUGCAAGUGUUCCCUGUGCAGACCGUAACCCUAACCCUAACCCAAGGAAAACAUUUGUUGGUCCUUGGUUAGGGGGAUGAUUCUUUACAAGAGCCACAAUCUGAUAUAUAUUGUUGUUAUAUUGCUGCCUGAGCAUUUUAAUAAUUCCUAAGUGGUUCUUUAGAACAGAAUGCAGAUAAACAAUAUUUGAUGUAAGGUUCUGUUACAGUGAAGCAAAAUGUUCUGUUAGGGCUUACACUGUUUGCUAUAUUCAUAUAUUGGCUUUAUUGGAGAAUGUGUGAAUCUACCAUACUCAUAAAAACUGAGGUUUAUUUAUUACUUUUACUGACUAGGUCUAAUGCUCUUACGGGAGUUUCUCCAAUGCUAAAGUCAAAAGUCAAUAAAGCUAAAUAGCAGGUAGGUCUAGAGUACAGAGGUAACAUCAGACUGGUGUAUAUGCAUAAGUAAAUUUAAUCUGAAUCCCUGCAAAUCAAUAAUUAUUGCGUAGCAAAUUUGUUGUUUGUGAUGAAAAAAGUGCUUGGAAUCAAAGCUUACAGAAAACAGGGGUUUAUCUACUGAUAAGGUUUUGUAAAAUAAAGACCAUGUUUGUUUUUACAUUCAUUUACAUGAAUAACUAGUCCAUGGUCUAGUGAAAGUAGUAAUUCUUAUUCAAGUAUGGCUUUCCUUGUUCUGCUCUUUUCUUUAGAUGGCAAAAGUGUAAGACAACAACGAAUGGCUUCCAUAGGGAGCAGCCUCCGCAUCCAAGGGGAUGACAACAUCCAGUCCAUGCUGGUAGGGACGAUAAUGAGGAAAAUCAAGUCUCGCACGUGGAAGAAACAACGCUACUUCAAACUCCAGGAUGACUGCAUGACCAUCUGGUACAAGUCCAAGAAGGCUGGCAACACCCACUCCACGUUUUCAGUGAGUGAUGUGGAGGCCAUUCGAGAGGGACACCAGUCUGAGGUGCUGCUCAGCAUUGCAGAUGAGUUCCCACCUGAUAGAUGCUUCACGCUGGUCUUCCGUGGUCGGAGGGGCAACCUGGACCUGGUGGCUGAGUCGGCUGAAGAAGCACAGUCCUGGAUCACAGGCAUGAGGAAGCUGAUUGAGAACCUAGAGAACAUGGGGGAGCGAGAGAAACUAGACCAAUGGAUUAGUGACUGGUUCAAGAAGGCAGAUAAGAACAAUGAUGGUAGGAUGAACUUCAAGGAAGUGCGAGAUUUACUGAAAAUGAUGAACGUGGACAUGAACGAGCACCAUGCUCAUCGGCUUUUCACAAUGGCUGAUAAGUCCCAGUCGGGUACAUUGGAAGAUGACGAGUUUGUCCUCUUCUAUAAGAUGUUGACUCAGCGGGAGGAUGUACUGAGAGUUUUCCAGGAGUACUCAGCUGAUGGCCAGAAGUUAUCCCAGAAAGACUUGGAAGACUUCCUGAGGGAGGAGCAGCUGGAGGGGGGUGACAUCCAGCAGCAUGCCAAGCAGCUCAUUCAGCGUUAUGAGCCCUCUGACACAGCCAAGCUGCUGAAUGCCAUGACAUUUGACGGCUUCUUGAUGUACCUUGGCUCAGCUGAGGGCUCCAUCUUCAACCCACAGCGGCGGGGCAUCUUCCAGGACAUGAGCCAGCCUCUGUGCCAUUACUUUAUCUCCUCCUCUCAUAACACCUACCUGAUGGAGGAUCAGCUGAGAGGACCCAGUAGUGUGGAGGGAUACAUCAGGGCUCUGAGUCGUGGCUGCCGGUGUGUUGAAGUGGACUGCUGGGAUGGUGCCAAUGGAGAGCCCAUCGUCUACCAUGGACACACUUUCACCUCCAAGAUACUCUUCAAGGAUGUGGUCAACGCAGUGGGCAACUAUGCCUUCAAGGUAUCAGAAUAUCCAGUCAUCCUGUCCAUGGAGAACCACUGCAGUAUUGAGCAACAGAGAGUCAUGGCCCAACACCUCAACCACAUCCUGGGUGACAAGCUGUUGAAAAGCACACUGGAUGGCAAGGCCCCCAUCAGGUUGCCAUCUCCAGAGGAUCUCAGAGGGAAAAUUCUGCUGAAGGCGAAGAAAAUUGGAGGUCUGGAGGACAGUUUCAAUGGGAUGGUGGAAGACUCUCAGACCGGAGAGGUCAGCGAUGAAGACGAGGUAGCUGAAAUAGAUGAGGAUAACCUCCACCAUGAAAAUGUCCGUCGCAGGAUUAAGAGGUCAAAGCAGCGUUUAUCCAAGGAGCUGUCAGACUGCGUGGUUUACUGCAAAAGCGUUCACUUCAGUAGCUUUAAACACUCCCGCAUCCACUCCAAGUUCUAUGAGGUAGCCUCUUUCACAGAGUCCAAGGCCCGAAAACAUCUGAGAGAAGCUGGGGCUGAGUUCGUGUUCCAUAACUCACGGCAGCUGACCAGGGUUUAUCCCAGUGGCUUCCGAACUGACUCCUCCAAUUUCAAUCCUCAGGAAAUGUGGAACGCCGGGUGCCAAAUCGUCGCUUUGAAUUUCCAGACUGCCGGCGAGGGGAUGGAUCUGAAUGACGGACUUUUUCGUCAGAACGGCAACUGUGGCUAUGUCCUAAAGCCCAGUUUCAUGAGAGAGUCUGAGAAAAGAUUUGACCCUGAGAUGCCCCAAAAUCGGGUUGACUACCAUCCUGUUUUCCUCACCAUACAGGUUAUCAGUGGUCAACAGCUGCCCAAAGUCAACAUCAAAAAGGAUUCUAUAGUGGAUCCUCUUGUCAGAGUGGAGAUCCAUGGUGUUCCUAUGGACCAGGCCAAGCAGGAGACCAGAUACAUUGAUAACAAUGGUUUCAAUCCCGUGUGGUAUGACACUCUGCGCUUCACCAUCCACUCUCCGGAGCUGGCCAUGGUGAGAUUUGUAGUGGAUGACUAUGACAAGACAUCUAAAAACGACUUUGUGGGGCAGUAUAUACUCCCUCUGAGCUGCAUGCAGCAAGGUUAUCGUCAUAUUCACUUAUUGUCCAAAGAUGGAACCAGUAUUCCACCCUCCUCCUUAUUCGUACACAUCAGGAUCACAGACCUGGAAUAAACCCUCUUAAUUUCCUAAUACACCGUAGGUAUUGGGAACAACCUUCUCAGCACAUACUUUUUGGUGAUGAGAGUAGAAAGCUUCCUUUCCAUAGAAAAUUAUUACAAUUCCUAAAACACCAGUAGUAUUUAAUAUUAUUCUUAUUUGAUGUGGAAAAAAAUACUACGCCAAAUGUUUAGUGGUUCUUAGGCAGCCGAUGUAUAAUUAGAUACGCAUGGUUUUCGCUUUGUUCAUCAUAGUGUGCGUAAGUCGUUCCUGUGAUUGACUUGAACUUCGCUGCUCAUGUUUGGUGUACUGUGUCUGUAGCACAAAUAUUUGUCUCUGCUGAAAAAUGUCAUAGAAAAGAAUGUGCCACCAAUAUGUUUAGAUCAGGAUGUGUGUUUUUCUGUCAGUAUUUUCCUUUAACAAACAGCACUUCACAGGACACCGUCAAUUGUCAAUAUGCAAAACUUGAAAUGCAGUUCCGCUCCAGCUACACGGCACAGUAGUUACCUGCUUGGAUAAUGGCGUGGGCGAUAUUUGUGGCAAGAGCUAAAGUAUUAAAUUUGAUAAACAGCAAUUGAGUUGAAUUUGUGUUAUAUAUUCUGAAUAUGUGUUGAAACUGACAAAAUUCAGCUAAAGAAGAAAAAAUAUUAUGAGGACAAAAAAGAAGCUCCAAAUUCUGCUAAUUAUGUAUAUUUAUUAUUCAUUUAUUUAUUUUUUUGUUUUUAUUUGGCCAACAAAUUGAAAUGAAAAUCUGGAAAUAGGGAAUAAAAAAAAUGAUUGAAAUGAUUAAUUGAUUAGAAAAAUAUUUGGUUAUAUUUUUGUCAAUUGACUAAUCAAUAGUCAUUUUCACUCCACUCUGCUCAUUAUAG